GGGAUGUUCAAGGCCAGCCAGGAAGCUGAGGGCUGCUCCCACUGCCCCUCCAACAGCCGAUCCCCUUCAGAGGCGUCUCCCAUCUGCACCUGCCGGACCGGCUAUUACCGAGCGGAUUUUGACCCACCGGAAGUGGCAUGCACUAGUGUCCCAUCAGGUCCCCGCAACGUCAUCUCCAUCGUCAACGAGACAUCCAUCAUCUUGGAGUGGCACCCGCCCAGGGAGACAGGUGGGCGGGAUGAUGUGACCUACAACAUCAUCUGUAAAAAGUGCCGGGCUGACCGUCGAAGCUGCUCCCGCUGCGAUGACAACGUGGAGUUUGUGCCCAGGCAGCUGGGCCUGACAGAGUGCCGCGUCUCCAUCAGCAGCCUGUGGGCCCACACCCCCUACACCUUUGACAUCCAGGCCAUCAAUGGAGUCUCCAGCAAGAGUCCCUUCCCCCCACAGCACGUCUCCGUCAACAUCACCACAAACCAAGCUGCCCCUUCCACUGUUCCCAUCAUGCACCAGGUCAGCGCCACCAUGAGGAGCAUCACCUUGUCAUGGCCUCAGCCGGAGCAGCCCAAUGGCAUCAUCCUGGACUAUGAGAUCCGGUACUAUGAGAAGGAACACAACGAGUUCAACUCCUCCAUGGCCAGGAGCCAGACCAACACGGCACGGAUCGACGGCCUGCGGCCGGGCAUGGUGUACGUGGUGCAGGUGCGCGCCCGCACCGUGGCCGGCUACGGCAAGUUCAGCGGCAAGAUGUGCUUCCAGACUCUGACGGACGAUGAUUACAAGUCCGAGCUGAGGGAGCAGCUGCCCCUGAUUGCUGGCUCGGCGGCGGCUGGGGUCGUGUUCGUCGUGUCCUUGGUGGCCAUCUCCAUCGUCUGUAGCAGGAAACGGGCUUACAGCAAAGAGGCUGUGUACAGCGAUAAGCUGCAGCAUUACAGCACGGGCCGAGGCUCCCCAGGGAUGAAGAUCUACAUUGACCCCUUCACUUACGAGGACCCCAACGAAGCUGUCCGGGAGUUUGCCAAGGAGAUUGAUGUAUCUUUUGUGAAAAUCGAAGAGGUCAUCGGAGCAGGAGAGUUUGGAGAGGUGUACAAGGGGCGUUUGAAACUUCCAGGCAAGAGGGAAAUCUACGUCGCCAUCAAGACACUGAAGGCUGGGUACUCGGAGAAGCAGCGUCGGGACUUCUUGAGUGAGGCGAGCAUCAUGGGCCAGUUCGACCAUCCCAACAUCAUUCGCCUGGAGGGCGUGGUCACCAAGAGUAGGCCGGUCAUGAUCAUCACAGAGUUCAUGGAGAAUGGCGCUCUGGAUUCUUUCCUCAGGCAAAAUGAUGGACAGUUCACAGUGAUCCAGCUGGUAGGGAUGCUCAGGGGCAUCGCUGCGGGCAUGAAGUACCUGGCCGAGAUGAACUAUGUACACCGGGACCUGGCUGCUAGGAACAUUCUGGUCAAUAGUAACCUGGUGUGCAAGGUGUCCGACUUUGGCCUUUCCCGCUAUCUCCAGGAUGACACCUCAGAUCCCACCUACACCAGCUCCUUGGGAGGGAAGAUCCCCGUGAGAUGGACAGCUCCAGAGGCCAUCGCCUACCGCAAGUUCACGUCUGCCAGCGACGUCUGGAGCUACGGGAUUGUCAUGUGGGAAGUCAUGUCAUUUGGAGAGAGACCCUACUGGGACAUGUCCAACCAAGAUGUCAUCAAUGCCAUUGAGCAGGACUACCGGCUGCCCCCACCCAUGGACUGCCCAGCUGCUCUACACCAGCUCAUGCUGGACUGUUGGCAGAAGGAUCGUAACAGCCGGCCCCGCUUUGCAGAGAUUGUCAACACCCUGGACAAGAUGAUCCGGAACCCAGCAAGUCUCAAGACUGUGGCAACCAUCACCGCCGUGCCUUCCCAGCCCCUGCUAGACCGCUCCAUCCCAGACUUCACGGCCUUUACCACCGUGGAUGACUGGCUCAGUGCCAUCAAAAUGGUCCAGUACAGGGACAGCUUCCUCACCGCCGGCUUCACCUCCCUCCAGCUGGUCGCCCAGAUGACAUCAGAAGACCUCCUGAGAAUAGGGGUCACCUUGGCAGGUCAUCAGAAGAAGAUACUGAACAGCAUUCAUUCUAUGAGGGUCCAGAUGAGUCAGUCACCAACGGCAAUGGCAUGAGAAUUCUUGUUUUCUGGGAGGAGGAGAGAAAGGAAAAGGACAAGGCUCAAGGGGGAACCAGAGGUUGACCACUAUGGAAUGUUCUGGAGAGACUGGCUUCUCAGCUGAGAAAUGCAUUACAUCAGUGAAGAAUAAACUGGACCUAUUUCUAAUGGGCCACCUUCGUUUCUCAGUGACAGAAGCAUGUCUAAGAUGCCGUGGGAAACCAAAUAUACAAUAAUAAAAAUACAAAAAGUUGAUGUUCAACAGAAGUGAAGACAAAACAAGAUGCAUCAAGGGACCAACAGUGAACUCAGCUUCCGGCCUCCGUGGGCUGGAGUCAUCCAUCUGUAGGAAGAAAAGGAAGGAGGUAGAGGGAAGAAACAGAAGCCGUUUUCCAUUUUCUUCCUCACCAAUGACAUUCUUUUCUUUACCCCUUUUGUACUCCUCCCCAAGAGUGCCCUCCCUUCUCCCACAUCCAUUUCCCUUUUGCUCCCGACUCACGUAGGGAAGUUUCUUCAAACAAACCCCAGCUCCUGAGUCUCCAGAUGUCGUUCUGUCAGUUGCCAAAGGACUUUGCUGACCACUGCAUGGGGGAUCCAACCAAUUCAAUUAAUGUCUUCAUAUUGAAGAAGAGAUGUACCUUCAAUUGAAAACCUUGUUUUUCUUUUGUUUGCAUUUUCUGCAAAAAGGAAAAAGAAACCACAAAUUGGAAAAAAAACAAAAACAAAAAAAAACAAAGAAAAACCUGUUUCCGUGUGCGAGAGCACGCCUAUGUAUGUCUGUGUUAUGAAAUGACUGUGCUUGUUCGUAACAGAUGCAAACAAGAAAGAACUGGAAAUCUUUGCCCCUGGAAACUCCAAGGGGCCAGGACGUGCUGGUGGUUUGGUUUUCUGCUUGGCCCAGUUGGCCUAUUGCUUAAAUGGGGAGAGGGGUAGGGAGAAAAAUAAAAUGAAAGGGGAGAAAAUACUCUUAAGAGCUUGCAAAAUCAGACUGGAAACAGGUGAGUGGUUUGAAUUGGAUGCAGUGUGGGCCAUUCUAGAAUGAUACUGACUGAUCAAUUAUUCUUGGUAACAUCUGAAGAGAAGGAGAAGGAAAGUGUUUUUGGAGAAUGUUCUUCCACAUCCCUGGAAUCUGCAAUUCGAGAGGUGGCAAGGGAGAAUUCUUCUUACCUUAUCUGUGGACUGGCUUAAGCCUCGUGGCAUCCGAGGAAUGUUUCAAAUGUGUCUGUGUUUCUCUGCUUUCCUUCUUGUACCUCAUUGUUCAAUUCACUUUUGUAAAUUCCACCUAACAUUUAAAUAUUUUUAAUUUCUCCUUUUACCUUA